AUGGAGAAACUUCUUCUGUUCAUCUCAGCUGCAGCAGGGCUGUGUGCUGUCUCCUCUAAUGCUGAACGUCGUUUCCACUUUGUUUAUGAACGGAAGAACUGGACUGAAGCUCUGAGUUACUGCAGAGAGAAAUACACUGACCUGGCAUAUAUACACGACAUGAACGACGUGAACGUCCUGAAGAGCACGGCAAAUACAAGCAAAAUGGACAACUCUGAGGAAUACAAAUACCGAGUAUGGAUCGGGUUGUACGAUGACGUGAACAGCUGGAGGUGGUCGAUGACGGACAAAGAUUUCCACAAAUGCAAUGAGACCAUGUUUAUAAAUUGGCGUGAUCUUGAACCAAACAACCUGCGUGGUAUUGAACAAUGUGUACAUGUGUAUACAGAUGGAAAAUGGAAUGAUGAAGAUUGUCACGUUUCCUUCAAAGCAAUCUGCUUUGACAACACAGGGCCAAAUGUGUCAUAUGUCUUAACCAACAAUGCCAUGACAUGGACUGAGGCCCAGAGCUACUGUAGAACACAUCACACUGACCUGGCCAGUGUGAGAAACAUGACAGAGAACCAGAGGGUAGCAGCAGUGGUACCUUCUGGAACUAAGGUCUGGAUCGGCCUCUUCAGAGACUCCUGGAAGUGGACAGAUGGACAUAACUUCUCAUUUAACUAUUGGAAAAAUAGCACGAACGAACCCAAUAAUUACUUCACAAAUGAGACAUGUGCAGCAGCAGACUUUUCAGAUGCUGGACAAUGGGAGGACUGGCCCUGUCAUUACAAGAGACCAUUCAUUUGCUACAGUGAUAAAACUCCCACCCACUUCCUCGUGGUGAAAGUGAAGCUGGUGAAACCCUCCUCUGUGGAUCUGAGUGACCCGGCCGUGAUGGAAGACCUGUUGCAACAGAUGAAACAGAGGCUGAAGGACCAGGGGCUGAAGGGAGACGUCAAACUGAGCUGGAGGAAGCAGUUGGAUGGAACGGUCUUCCACAAAGAAGAGGAGGGGACAAAGUAG